AUGAAUAGUUCGAGUAACCAUGGAUACGUAAUGAAUACAAAAUGUCCACCUGGUAAUAGUGAAUCUGAAAUCCAAAGAUUGUGUGAGACAGUAGACAACAAAGACUUUCUGAGUGGUAUGCCUGUCGUAGACGACAAAUCAGGUUUGGUUUAUAGAAACGUGUUUUGCGCCAGAUGCAAUUCGGUCCAAGGUGUAUCCUACUGGCAAAUGAAUGCAGACUGUGGAAGGAUUCCCGCAUCGGCUCUUCCCCAAGAUAACACGCUACUAUUGGAUUUUAUCAGAGAAAACUGUACCGUUAGGUACAGACCUACAGCGGGACAGCAAAUAAACCUUAAACACUGCGUUUUCGCCAACAGCACAUGCUGUGCAAGGCAAGUUAUUGACAACGAACUAGUUUUAAAAAGCUUGUGUUCAUACUACUCUUUCCCAGUUUGUGGUAGCCCACAUCAUAAAAAUCCUCAUUGCGCACUAUGUAAUGGAGAAGACAUAACGCAGUUCAAUUGUGGAUGCCUGAGCACCGCAACAAGUAAGCCUCCAAUACAUACCACAAAAGGGGGAUCAGCAAUUCCACAUUAUAAUACAAUACAAUACAAUUCUUCUGUAGCGGCAGACCCACCUUAUCAUUUGCCGAUAUUUCCUACACUGCCGCAGUCCAGGCCCCCAGGAACAAUACCUCUAACAACUCAUUUUACGAACCGUGGAUUCACGACGGAGCUCACAAUGACUGGGAAGCCUUCAACAAAGUCACCAGAGUUUACACCUCAGCCACCGCCUCCUCCAUUGAGUAUCCUGUUUGAUUUUUCUUCUGAUUCGAACCAAAUGAGUAUACAUGGAACAAAGACCGAGACCAAGCUUGUGAAUCUUAAAACUUGUCAGGAGGGAUUCGUUUACGAUCCUUUUGUUGACAAAUGUCGCGAGGCAUUUCAAGGCGUUAUUGGGAAUGAGAAACACUCUAGUAACUUGAUAAAGCUGAACUACUCCGGAAUCCGGCUUAAUCUUUCAGAUACUGUUUUGUAUUCAAACGGAACUCUGUGGGUGCCCUUGUACUCAACAAAUUACAACCGCACGGAGUAUUUCGCGAACGGCUCCAUCAUAUUCUUAUGUACCGACUUUAAAAGUAAUUAUUCAAAAAAUGAAAUAAUUACAAAGUGGUCUUAUGCUGUUGAUGUAACUACAUUGCAUAUUCUCACCUACGCCGGAUGUUCUCUUUCAGUUUUUUCGCUCCUCAUUUUGCUGGUAAUCUACUGUACAUUCAAGGAAUUAAGGACUCUCCCUGGCAAAAACCUGGUCAACCUGUCUCUUUCCAUGAUAUGUUAUCACAUGUUCCUGUUUGUGGCGGGGUUAAAAACUAUCCAAGAGGUCUGUACAGGAAUCGCAGUCUUUCUUCAUUAUUUUUUGAUGUGCUCAUUUGCGUGGAUGAGUGUCAUGGCGUUUGACGUGACUAAAACAUUCGUUUUUCAUGAUACUGACCUCCGUUCAGAACAAGAAAAGAAACAGAGAAAGACUUUCCAAAAAUAUAGCUUGUGCGCCUGGGGUUUCCCAGCUACUGCUGUUGGAAUUUGUUUUCUAUUGGACCACACUGAAACCAUUUACAUUGGUUAUGGACGAGGAGGAUUCUGUUGGAUGGAAAACGGCACUGCCCUCUUAUUUGCUGUGGGUGUACCUAUUGCAUUUUUUAUCUUCUCUAAUUUCGUAGCACUGACUUGGACAGCGUUUGCUAUCUACAAAGUGCGAAAGGUUACAAGCCAACUGACAAAUCAGAGGGGUCAUUCGAAUCUUGCUCUUCUGUGUAUCAAACUGACCUGUGUCUUUGGUCUAACUUGGAUCCUCGGUUUUCUGAACUCCAUCGUCAAAGCAGAGGCAACCAUAUAUCUUUUUGUUAUCGUUAACAGCUUGCAAGGUAGUUACUUUGCUUCUACACAGGGUUUUUUUAUAUUCCUGACGUUUGUUGCAAAGAAAAGGAUCAUAGCCCUGCUGAGAGGCCUAAGAAAUAAUCAUCAUGAAAGUGGACAAGAAAACAACGACACUUUAGACACAAAAUUGUGACUGAGUUUUAGCCUGUCUUCAGCGGCAUCUUCUGAGCACAAAACCAGGCUGAGGCUUUGCAUUGUGACUCAGCCAUUGUCGGCUAGGGGGGAAAAAGGAUCACUUUCUAGUGAAUGCCUAAUUUUUUCAACAAUUCAUUGUUAAGUUCGUUGAGCAGUCUGAA